AUUACACCUUAAAGUUUGAAGGGUCUUUUCCAUCUCUCGCUUUGAGGCUCAAAAAUGAGUGAGACGCGCUGAAUUUUAUAUAUAGAAAUGAAUAUUCGAUCCACUUUAAACUAAAAUUUUGAUUAUUCGCCUGUGACCCACUCCUAAAUCCUAUCACUAUAUCAACAAGAUAAGUCAAUGAAGGUGGCUGGACAACAAGUGAAUACCAAAAAGAAAAAAAUCAUCUUCUAUGAAACUUCUUAACUUGCAUUUCUAAGGAUAUAAGAAGUGUAUGCAUUAAUUGUGUAAUCAUCAAAUCAAAUCAAACCCAAUAACAAAUACAAAUCCAAUUCCCAAAUUUUAUCCCAAAAAACUAAAAAAAAAAUGGCAAAUCAAAAAAUUGAAUGCCAUGAUUCCACCCUUUCAAUUAGACAGUUAGAUCCUGAUACUGAUGUUGAUGAUCUAAUGGUAUGGGCAUCAGAUGAUGAAGUGACAAAAUUUUGUAGUUGGGAUACCUACACUUGUAGGGAUCAAGCAAUAGAGUAUAUAAACAACUUUGUCCUAAAUCACCCUUACUAUAGGGUAGUAUGCCUAAACAAUAAGGCAAUUGGUGCUAUUUCUGUUACAAGUAACAAAGGUAGAGAUAAGUGUAGGGGAGAAAUGGGUUAUGUCUUGGCAUCCCAAUAUUGGGGUCGAGGGAUCGCCACGAAGGCGGUGAAGAUGGUGGUGUCUACGAUAUUCGAAGAGCAGCCGGAGUUGGAGAGGGUUGAGGCUUUGGUGGAUGUGGAUAAUAAGGGUUCACAAAAGGUGUUGGAGAAGGUAGGGUUUUUAAAAGAGGGGGUUUUGAAAAAGUACUGUAUUCAAAAAGGGAAGAUUUGUGAUAUGGUUAUGUUUAGUUUGCUUUCUAGUGAUGUUCGUUUGUUAUAGUUAUCCAAGAAUUAAUUAGGUUUGUUGUAUUUAACCCAAGAUUUAUUUAAUUUAGAAUAAAUAUUUGUUUGUUACAAAAUUGAUACUAUUUGUUCAUGAAGUUAAGAUGAACAAUACAUAAGUUAAAUAAUUCCAUCCAUUUUGAAAAUGUAUCUCCAUUUGAUCAAAAAGCUUUUGAAUUUGGAAAUUUUGGAAC